AUGGUGUCCCGGGACCAGCCUCACCCGGGCCCCCGGUACGUGGGCCUGUGGGACUUCGAGGCCCGGACGGACAAAGAGCUGAGCUUCCGGGCCGGGGACCUGCUCCACGUGGCCAGGAAGGGGGAGGAGUGGUGCUGGGCUGUGCGGCUGGACGAGGCCGGCAGGGCCCUGGCCGAGGGCUACGUGCCCCACAGCUACCUGGCCGAGAAGGAGACGGUGGAGUCUGAACCGUGGUUUUUUGGCCGCAUCUCCCGCUCCGAAGCGCUGCACAGGCUGCAGGCAGAGGGCAACACGGCCGGGGCCUUCCUGGUCAGGGUCAGCGAAAAGCCGGGCGCCGACUAUGUUCUCUCAGUGCGUGACGGCCAGGUCGUGCGACACUACAGGAUCUGGAGGCGUGCUGGCCGGCUGCACCUCAGCGAGGCCGUGUCCUUCCCCAGCCUGUCCGAGCUCGUGGACCACCACAAAGCCCAGAGCCUGUCCCACGGCCUGCGGCUCACUGUGCCCUGCUGGAAGCAUGAGCCCAAGCCCCUGCCCCACUGCGACGACUGGGAGAUGCCACGGGAGGAGUUCACGCUCUGCAGGAAGCUGGGGUCCGGCUGCUUCGGGGAGGUCUUUGAAGGGCUCUGGAAAGACCAGGUCCGAGUGGCUAUUAAGGUGAUUGCUCGAGAUGACCUCCCGCACCAGCACACCUUCCAGGCGGAGAUUCAGGCCAUGAAGAAGCUUCGGCACAAACACAUUCUGCCGCUGUAUGCCGUGGUGUCCGUGGGGGACCCCGUGUACAUCAUCACAGAGCUCAUGCCGAGGGGAGCCCUGCUGGAGCUGCUGCGGGGCUCUGACGAGAAAACCCUGCCCGUCUCGGAGCUGGUGGACCUCGCAUCACAGGUGGCCGAGGGCAUGUGCUACCUGGAAUCGCAGAAUUACAUCCACCGGGACCUGGCGGCCAGGAACAUCCUUGUGGGGGAAAACAACAUCUGCAAAGUCGGGGACUUUGGGCUAGCCAGGCUCAUCAAGGAGGACAUCUACCUUUCCCACGGCCGCAACAUCCCCUACAAGUGGACCGCCCCGGAGGCCCUGUCAAGAGGGCUUUACUCCAUCAAGUCGGACGUCUGGUCCUUCGGGAUUCUCCUCCACGAGAUUUUCAGCAGGGGUCAGAUGCCCUAUGCAGGCAUGUCCAACCACGAGGCCUUCCUGAGGGUGGACUCGGGCUACCGAAUGCCCUGUCCCCCGGAGAGCCCACCCGCUGCGUACAAGCUGAUGCUGUCGUGCUGGAACAGGGACCCGGAGCAGAGACCCUGCUUCAAAGCCCUGCGGGAGAAGCUCUCCAGUGUCAGCAGGUACGAGAACCCGCUCUGAAAGGGACACCCCUCUGGUGCUGCCUCUGAGGCCACGAG